AUGCUCAAACAGAAGCAACACAGGCAGUUUAUUCAGGCGAUGUGCCAGCCACGCCGCAGCACGCCGUUUCUCCUACUGGCGGUGUUUUUGCUGCUGUUGGUGUGUUGCACCGCUGGGUGCCUCGCCGUCGCUCCCGCCCGGAAGCACCGCUGCGGGUUUGCCGAGAUGAUGAGGAGGGGGCCGCUGGCGACUGCGGUGGUACGUGACGUGCCGCGCAGAGGACAGGGCGAGAUGCAUGCGUACACCGUCGCCGCACAAGGCGUGGGGAGUGAGUGGGCCCCGAUCCGCAUCAAGGUGUCUGCGAAGGACAUGGACGAUCAGUUGAAGCACUGCCUCCCAGGGAAGCAUUGGCGCCUGGUCGGUAACAGCUG